AUGGCAGUUACGGAAAAAUGUGCCGAGUGUGUAGUGCAUCUCCGCUACUAUCCGGACUGCAAAAGGCCCCCCGAGUUUGAAAACGAUAAGAGAAAACACUUGGAACCCUUCGAUGGCAGGGAAAUCGUAUUCUUAUGUGGAAAACACGGUGACAAGGAGCUUAAUUUACUGAGAUGCACGGUAUGGGCACCGUACAACGAGAUACCUGGCCCUUGUAAGAGGUGCUUGGACCCACACAAGUAUCUGUAUGAUUUUAUUGUCGAUUACAAUGACCUCUUGUAUGAUCCGGCUGAAUUCUUCUGUGGGAGUUACACCAAACUCAACCACACAUGUUGGGCACAUUCAGAAAAGUCACCUACAUUCUGGUGGUGGCGGGCAUCAGCAAGCAAACGCAACGGCUUCAUACCGGAAGCAGUAUGGGGCCACCACCACACCACUUUGGUGCAUUUCCUGGAGGUGGGUAUGCUCCUCCACAACCACAGAGACAACAACUGCAACUCUAUCUACGGCCUCACCCCGGAACUCAAAGCCAUGUACAAGGGUUCGGACCAGGUUGGAUGGACGACCAAACUUUUGCCUACGAACAAGCACAUGAACUUCUUUGGGAAUUCCAACGUGAAAAGAAGACCACUUUGA